AUUUUGUUUAUGUUUCUAUUGCCACCCGGCAUCGGGAAAUCCCUUGUCAUCUUUUAUUUCAUUUCAAUAAUAAAUGCUAGUAAAAUCACUUACAUCAGUGAUAUUUAAGUGUCGGACGUUUAGUUUGUUACGAAAUACUUCUGCAGCCAUGUCCUCAGUUCCCUUGAGCUUGGACACUUUAUCCAAAUUCCGAAGUGACUUCUAUGCAAAUCCAAAAAAUGAACUCGCUCAAAAUGCUUGCACAAGGUUUGACCCCUUCGAGGUUGCUAUAAGUAGAAGGAAGACUGACACCACGCUACAUGUCUACAAUAUCAAAAUCAAGUCUGAAGCCAAACCGGUGACGCACCAAGAGAACUCGGGUCGCUGCUGGCUGUUUGCUGCGCUCAAUGUGAUGCGACUGCCCUUCAUGGAGAAGUAUAACAUCGAGGAAUUUGAGUUCUCGCAGAGCUACCUCUUCUUCUGGGAUAAGAUCGAGCGCGCUCACUACUGGCUGAACAACAUCGUGGCCACCGCCAAGCAAGGGGAACACCUUGAAGGGAGACUCGUCAACUUCUUGCUCAAGGACCCGAUCAACGAUGGCGGUCAAUGGGACAUGAUAGUGAACUUGGUGAACAAGUACGGCGUGAUGCCCAAGAAGUGCUUCCCGGAGUCGUUCAGCUCGCGACGCAGUUUGCAUAUGAAUGCGCUUAUUAAGACUAAGCUCCGUGAAUACGCCAAGGAGUUGCGUGACAAGGUGGAGUGUAACGCAUCGGACGCGGAGAUACAGAGCGCCAUCAAAGUGCAGAUGGGCGUCAUUUACAACAUUGUUGCGACAUGCCUAGGUACCCCUCCAGAAAAGUUCACGUUCGAGUACUACAACAAGGAGAAGGCAUACAACAGCUUCGGGUUGCUCACUCCUCAGGAGUUCUACGAGAAACAUGUCCGUCCGCUCUUCGAUGUUAAUCAUAAGGUGUGCCUAGUAUCAGACCCGCGGGAAUCGAACCCGUUCGGUCAGCUGUACACGCUACAAUGUUUGGGCAACGUGGUCGGAGGCCGCCAGACUGCGUACAACAACCAGCCCAUUGAGACGCUUAUGAAGGCUGUAAAGGACAGCAUCGCUGGUGGUGAAGCCGUGUGGUUUGGAUGUGAAGUCUCCAAAAGAUUCGAGCGCAAGAACGGCUUCGAGGAUUUGGAUGCUCAAGAUUACCGCCUAGUGUUCAACACGGAGGUACAGAUCGGUCUGAGCAAGGCCGACCGGCUGAUGUACGGCGACUCCUGGAUGACUCACGCCAUGGUCUUCACUGCCGUCGGCACUGAUGACAAAGGCAACCCUCUGAAGUUCCGCGUGGAGAAUUCGUACAGCGACAAGGAGUAUGACAAGGGGUACUUGCUGCUCACCGAGCCAUGGUUCAGGGAGUUCGUCUUUGAGGUGGUAGUCGACAAAAAGUACGUCCCAGAAGAUGUGUUACAAGUAUUCUCACAGGAGCCCAAAGUGUUGCCAGCUUGGGACCCCAUGGGCACCCUCGCUUGUCCCGUCUGCGCCAAAGAAUAACCCACCGAUACUGGCAACACCACCAACCAGAGAGGUGACAUAUCUGUGAUAUUAUCUAUGGUCAACAUUUGCGCUCACUGUAGGAAAUUACCCCUUGAACAUAAAAAUUGAAUACUAGCAUUUUAUAACAUGUCUUGUCCUUAUUUUUUUAUAUAUAAAAAAUAAGACAGACACAUUUAAAUAGGUAAUUACUAUAUACUUGUUUGUCCCCUUAGUUAAACAUAGGUUAAGAGUAUCCACAAACUGCAAACUUUUAGUCGGCCGAUAGUUUGUUUGGGCUCAUAAAUCAGUAUGAAGAUGAAUGGUAGUACGCACAUUACAGAGAUCAGGUAUUUAGCCGGUAUCAGACCGACUGAAAACAUUGAUUGGAACCAAAAUUUUUAUUAAAAAAAACUGUCGGCCGACUGUUUAAUUUGCAGUGUGCGGAUAUUCUAAGGGGGCUGUUUUAAAAUAGAGGGUUAUUUUCUACAGAAAAUAAUUAGUAUUAUAUUAAAACCAUGGCAACUUUUACAAAAUAUCAAUUAAUAUUCGUAAUUUAUAAUAUAAUCGCGCAUUUUAAAUAAAAAUAUGACAGAUAUGUGAUUUUUCAAAAUAGUCGACUGUAUAGGCAUUUUCUACUGAAGCAAUAAAAUAUUUUAUUUUGAUAUAUUUAAAGCAAAAGUAUUAUGUAUAAGCAUGCCUGUAUCUUUGUAUAUCGUAAGCAAACUGUAGUUUAUACUUAUUUAGCUCAAUAAUUUUACUAGCUGAAUUGAAAUAAAGGAAAUUCAUCUCCAUAGUUUAUAGCAGAUGCAAAAACACAAAUUGUCCUGUAUUGCCAGUUUCUGUAAAUUGAAAUUAUAAUCAUGGCAGCCAAAUCUUUGCAGUUGAAAAAAGGAAGAAGUACUUAAAUGGCUGAAUCGAUAAUGAAAUCAUAUUUAAUUAUCAAUUUAAACUUCGAACUAUUCUACUAUUUAUUAGGUAAAAUUAACGAAGAAGAUUAUAAAUCCCUUUAUUUUUCCUUUGCCAUUUACUGGACUAUCUAACAUCUGGCAACACUAGACAUGUAUCUACCAAAAUCAAAUUGAACGGGUAACAUUCUAAAAUGUAAAAAAUGCGUGGAGAUGAAAACAAAUAAUGUAUAUUUUUACCAUUUUUUAUCACAAUUGUGUUCAGUAUGUUACCAAAACCAUGUUGCUGUUAUAAUAUGUAGAAAAAAUAUUAUUAAUUUCUUUAUUUUUGUAUUGCCAUAUUCGUGUUCCUUACUUUUUAAUGUCAAUUUAUGACAAAAUCGUCGUUAGGAUCGCGAAUCAUAUUCAUAUUUGAUAAAUAAAUGUUUGUAAAAUGU